CUUGUUAUUGUUUGGACCAUUUAUCUUUCCUAGUCGCUAGGAGCAUAGAUAUUUAUUUCCUUAGUUCGGAAUAGUGACGAUUUUGCGAUUGGCUGAAGUAUGAGUGGUUAUAGAGGAAUAGGUGGGGGUGGAUAUCCCUAUAAAUCGUCUUCAUCACCUUCAAACCGCACUGCGAUGAAUGCUGUGCCACCACCAUCUUCCUUGAAUCAUCGUGGAUAUCAAAAGUUUAUAGGCGGGACUAAGGCAGGUACUUCGAAGCAUGGUUAUUCCACUUUGGAAUCUAUAAGCCAGUUUACGAAUUCCCAAAAUUACAUUGGAAAACGAAAAGGUUGCGGUACGGAGGAUGACUAUUUCGAUGAUGACGAAGAACAAACGCCUUCACAGCCAUAUAUACCGGCCCCCGGUUCGCCAGGCGCUCGUCAACCGUCACGAUCACAAGGCAGUGAUUCAGAAGAAGAUCCUCUAGAUCAAUUUAUGGCUGGAUUGGAGCAGCAAGUUGAAAAGGAAAAAAAUUAUAAAGAUGACAAUAAACUUGCAACCAGCUCAAGCACUCAAUCGAAAGGUGUCCGCGGCGACAUCGACGAAGAAGACAAUGAAGAAAGUUACUAUCGCUACAUGGAAGAGAAUCCUCAAGCGGGGCUAAGAGACGAAAAUUCUGAUGUAGAAAUUGACUACGAUGAAGAUGGCAACACCAUAGUGCCACCUAAGAAAAAGGAUAUUGACCCUUUACCCCCCAUUUACCAUUCGCAAAUAGAAUACGAACCAUUUGAGAAAAACUUUUACACACCCCAUGAAGACAUUUCUAAUCUUAACGAAGAAAAAGUACGGGAUUUGCGUAAAACGCUUGGUGUAAAGGUCACAGGUCCAGAACCUCCAAAACCUGUGACGUCUUUUGCGCAUUUUGGAUUUGAUGAGACGCUUAUGAAAGCUAUACGCAAGGCAGAGUACACCCAGCCUACGCCUAUUCAAUCCCAAUCCAUACCAGCUGCGUUGGGUGGUCGUGAUAUUAUUGGUAUAGCCAAAACUGGAUCUGGUAAAACUGCUGCUUUCAUUUGGCCAAUGCUAGUUCACAUUAUGGAUCAGCGGGAACUAAAACCAGGCGAUGGUCCUAUCGGACUCAUUUUAGCACCAACCAGAGAGCUAUCUCUUCAAAUUUACAAUGAAACUAAAAAAUUCGGUAAGGUCUACAAUAUCAACGUAGUGUGCUGUUAUGGUGGUGGUUCUAAAUGGGAGCAGAGUAAGGCUUUAGAACAAGGUGCAGAAAUCGUAGUGGCUACUCCAGGUCGUAUGAUUGACAUGGUUAAAAUGAAGGCAACUAAUUUACGCCGAGUAACAUUUUUGGUGCUCGAUGAGGCAGAUCGGAUGUUCCAUAUGGGAUUUGAGCCCCAAGUGCGGUCAAUUUGCAACCAUGUUCGUCCUGAUCGUCAAACACUUCUUUUUUCCGCAACCUUCAAGAAACGUAUUGAACGAUUGGCAAGAGACGUUCUUACAGAUCCUGUACGCAUCGUUCAAGGUGACCUCAAUGAAGCUAAUCAGGAUAUCACUCAGUUUGUGUUUGUAUUUCCAAAUCCGCUGCAAAAGUGGAAUUGGCUACUUUUAAACUUAGUGCGUUUCUUGUCAGAGGGAAGUGUUUUGAUAUUUGUCACGAAAAAAGCUGAUGCAGAAACUGUGGCGAACAAUCUGAUGGUGAAAGAGUACAACUGUCUUCUAUUGCACGGUGACAUGGACCAAGCGGACCGAAAUAAGGUUAUAACUCAAUUCAAACGUAAAGAAUGUAAUAUAUUAGUAGCCACGGAUGUUGCUGCUCGUGGAUUGGACAUACCUCAUAUCAAAAAUGUUGUAAAUUACGACAUUGCUCGCGAUAUUGAUACCCACACGCAUCGUAUUGGUCGUACGGGCCGAGCUGGGGAAAAGGGAACGGCUUACACUCUAGUUACAGAUAAAGACAAAGAGUUUGCCGGUCACUUGGUUCGGAAUUUGGAAGGUGCCGACCAAGAAGUACCGCAGGAUUUAAUGGAUCUAGCCAUGAAGAGCUCAUGGUUUCGAAGUUCUCGCUUUAAACAAGGCAAGGGGAAAAAGCCCUCUGGAAAUUAUGCCGGUUUGGGAUAUCGCGAACGAGGUGGUCAAGUGCAAAAAUCACAUGCGCAAAAUGAAGGCAAUUCCAGUUAUGCAAAUACUAGUAAGUCGUUGUCAGCUGCUGGUCCUGCCACAGACCGCUACGCUGCUAUGCGUGAAGCUUUCCGUUCCCAAUAUAUGUCACAAUUUAAGCCAUCCAGCGAUCGAACUUGGGAAGAGACACUACCCGAAACUGGAGUUUUUGCUGCCCCUGCACCUCCACCUCCCUCAAUUUCGUCACCAACAAACGUCGGUCAAGAUUCAGGAGACAGCAAACGCAAAGCAAAGAAAAGUCGAUGGAAUUAACUAUAUAGCUACAUGGUAUAUGCGAGAUACAUUUGUAUGUAAUAACAUUUUUUUAAUAUUAGCUGUAAACUUAUUUCUCGAAAAAUAAUAAAAAAAUUUAGAACAAAAGAAUAA